GCAACACGUUAUCGCACACUAAAAUGGGAUCUGUAGUGUACUGCAUUCAUUAUAAGGACGGUUGCAAGUGGUCUGACGAGUUGAGGAAAUUGCAGGGACAUCUAAAUACUUGCAAGUACGACGCUAUCCCGUGUCCAAAAUUAUGUCCUGCUUCCAUCCCUCGCGUUCUCAUGGAGGAUCAUUUAACUUAUACUUGUCCUAAAAGGAUUAAAUACUGCGAUUAUUGUAACGAAUACUUCUCCGCUGAGGAUUUAGAGAAUCACACCGCGGUCUGCCAAGUGGAAUCUAUUUAUUGCGAAAAUAAAUGUGGAUCUAUUGUUCAGAGACAAUUUUUGAAAUAUCACCAAAGUAACGAAUGUGUUAAGAGAUUAGUUCCGUGUCGUUAUUGUCAAAAAAUGUUCGUCUUUGAUACCCUUAAGAAUCACAAGUCCAAAUGUCCACUCUACCCUUUAGCAUGUCCCAAUCAGUGUGGUGAAACAAAUAUUUGCAGACAAGAUAUGGAAACUCAUCUGAAUCAACAAUGCGAUGCACUUACCAUAGAGUGCGCCUACAGAGACGUUGGUUGCAGUUUUAAGGGUUCUCAGACUUCUUUAGAUAAACACGUGGAAGAAGAUACAAAACGUCACUUAAAGCUGAUGUGUGCUGCAUUAACUAAGCAACAAUAUCAGAUUACCAAACUCUGCGCGGUUCUUCACGAUCUUCACGUUAACACAACGGGCACUUUAGUAUGGAAGAUUACAAAUUAUUCUAAGAAACUUAAAGCUGCCAAACUGACGGAGGAUUACGAAUUGUGCAGCAGUUCAUUUUAUACUAGUCAAUACGGAUACAAACUGAUGGUCACGUUGUUUCCAAACGGCAACGGAACAGGACUCGACACUCACCUGUCCAUCUACAUAAAGCUGAUACCUGGAGAAUACGAUGCAAUUCUGCCGUGGCCAUUUUCUCUGCCCAUUACUUUCACUCUCUAUGAUCAACCCGACGAUCCUCAGAUGGCUCGAAACGUAUGCGAGAGCUUUAUUCCCGAUCCUUCUUGGAAGAAUUUCCAGAAACCCAGUGGAGAUCCCGACGAAUUGGGAUACGGUUUUCCUAGAUUCGUUUCUCACGAUCUUUUAUUUCAGAAAUCUUACAUCAGAAAUGACGCUCUUUUCUUGAAAAUCAAAGUGGAAGACCUCAAAGUGUUCGCAGUUUAAAUAAUUUUAACAUAAUGAUAUCUA